AUGAUCGCCGAUGUGAUGCAGAAACCAGGUCACCCUGCACUGCACAGCAGGAAGAAGUUGCCUCUGAGCACAUUUGGAGAAGUGGGCUUCAGCAUUCCAGCAGUGGCGCUCAGGUGUGGGGUGGCAGUUGGUGCCGCAAGCCCUCAGCCAAUGCCUGACUGGAACCUGAUGCCCAAAGCUCUGGAGGGCCAGGUGGUCCUGGAGAAGACACCCAGGUACUUUGUGACGGCGGAUAGCCCCGGCCGGAUCCACUCCAUGUCCCAGGAGGUCAAACUGAUCGUGGUGGUGCGUGACCCUGUGACCCGCGCCAUCUCUGACUACACCCAGAUCAUAUCCAAGACUCCUGGCGUUCCCAGCUUUGAGUCCCUGACGUUCCAUAACGGGACGGAGGAGGCGUUGAAGGUGGACUCCCUGUGGAGCCCCAUCUGGAUUGGCCUGUAUGCUCUGCACCUGGAGAGGUGGCUGGCCCACUUCCCCUUGGAACAGAUCCACUUUGUCCAUGGGGAGAGGCUGGUGAGCGACCCUGCAGGGGAGCUGGGCAGAGUCCAAGACUUUCUGGGACUUCAGAGGAUCAUCACAGACAAACACUUCUACUUCAACAAGACGAAGGGUUUCCCCUGCCUGAAGAAGCCAGAGGGCAGCAGCAAGCCCCACUGCCUGGGCAGAACCAAGGGCAGGCCACAUGCUGACAUCCAUCCUCAGGUCAUCCUCAGGUUACGUCAGUUCUACCAGCCACACAACCUGCGCUUCUACCAGAUGACAGGGCAGGACUUUGGCUGGUAGGAUGGGAGCCUAGAAUGAGGUGGAAAAAAGAUGGUACCAUCGUUACCGUUCAAAACACAGGCUGCACGAAGAGGAUACAGGACAGAGCUUGAAUUUUGUGACGGUCCUGAUGUCAUCUGGAAUAACUCAAUUCCUCAUGCAACCUGUAUUGGCAAACAAAUCAAAACAGUCACACUUUAUUUUGUGACAGUUAAACCGCAAGAAGUAACAUGAGUAAUGCCAUAGGCCUACUGUGUAACACCAUGGACACACUAAGGAAAGUGACAGCAACAUCCACCGUUGGAAAGCAGGUCCUCAGAACUCUAGUGUGAACUUACCCUUUACUCCACUAGAUGGCAGUCCUUCCCCAACAGAGGCUUAGACAGUAUUGUCGAAGUACUGUAAACUACUUGGAAAAAUGUGGAUUUGUGGUCAUGAUUGUCAUACACAUUUUUUUUCUGUAGUCAGAUUGAGCAAGUAUUACCAUAAGAAAUGACAUGGCAUCCCUUAAUUUAAAUCCAAGACAAUUCAAGGCAGCUGCAUGGGCAAAGACUUGAAAUAUUUAGUAGAGUCCUGCAUUGAUCCAUUCAGUCUGUAGUCGUUUGCAGUUGGUUUUCAUUUAAAUAUUCCCUAGUUAUGAGGGGCAUUUAAACCCAUUUCCUCAAUAUUACCAGGAAUCAUAGACAGAUUCACAGUCUGUAUUGUCCUUAAUUUCUGACAAA